CUGGACAUGGGAUUUGCAAAUAUCUGGCUCUCUGAUUCUGCACUGGACCAGCAUGGAGGAGCAAUAAAUCCCAAAUUCAAACUCAGGUGUCACUGCAAUAAAAUCUCUCAUCGAGACUUAAUGAAUAAAGAUUCACAUGCACUUGGAGAGACAAAGCAGCACUCCAAUCAAAUGACUCAAAAGAGGAGAAAGAAAAGCACCUUCUAAUCUCAGGACCACAGGCUGGACAGCCGCAAUGAUGAGACUCAUGAGAGGCAAAGGCCAAAGGCGAUUUUUAAAACAUGGAUGUGCUUCUGUUAUUCAUCAAAAACUUACAGGCAGAUGAAACUUGAUGUUAUUAUGGGGUCAAAUAUCCCAUAAAUGUUUUGUUUGGCUCACCUGACAUCUGUCAGCACACCAACACAGCAUUGAUGAAUUUUCCUUUAAAGAGGCAAAGCUGGGAACUGCCAAGGCCUAACUAUGUAGCAGAUUUACAUGUGGCUUGUGAUUUAAGACGGUUCGACCGCAAUCAGUAUGGAAGGGCAGACGACUGCUUUGGUUUGGAUAUAUGAUAACACUACAGAUCAACUGAACACUUCAUAUAAGUACAACACAACAGAUUUAACUGAAAACUCUGACAAGUACCAGUCUUAUAUUAUUGGUCUCUUUCUGUCCUGCCUCUACACCAUCCUCCUUUUUCCUAUUGGAUUUAUUGGCAACAUCUUAAUCCUGGUGGUAAACCUGAACCACAGAGAGAAGAUGACUAUCCCUGAUCUCUACUUUGUUAAUCUGGCUGUAGCAGACCUCAUCCUGGUGGCUGAUUCCCUCAUUGAGGUCUUCAAUCUAAAUGAAAAGUAUUAUGACUAUGCCGUCCUCUGCACCUUCAUGUCCCUGUUCCUGCAGGUCAACAUGUACAGUAGCAUCUUCUUUCUCACGUGGAUGAGCUUUGACAGAUAUAUUGCCCUGGCUAGCUCUAUGAGCUGCAGCCCACUAAGGACUAUGCAGCAUGCUAAACUCAGCUGUGGCCUCAUCUGGAUGGCUUCCAUCCUGGCCACACUUCUUCCCUUCACUAUUGUACAGACUCAGCACAGGGGUGAGGUGCACUUUUGCUUUGCCAAUGUCUUUGAGAUUCAGUGGCUCGAGGUAACCAUUGGCUUUUUGGUGCCCUUCUCCAUUAUUGGUCUGUGUUACUCUCUGAUUGGGCGAAUCCUCAUGAAGGCCCAGAAGCACCGUGGAUUAUGGCCACGGCGGCAGAAAGCCCUGCGCAUGAUUGUGGUGGUGGUACUGGUGUUCUUCAUCUGUUGGCUCCCAGAGAAUGUCUUCAUCAGCAUCCAGCUGCUUCAGGACACAGCAAACCCAUUGCAAAGGACUGCUACCACCCUGUGGCAUGACUACCCCCUCACAGGCCACAUUGUUAACCUGGCAGCUUUCUCCAACAGCUGCCUCAACCCCAUUAUCUACAGCUUUUUAGGAGAAACUUUCAGGGACAAGCUGCGUCUCUUCAUUAAGCAGAAGGCCAGCUGGUCAGUGGUGAACCGCUUCUGUCACCAUGGCCUUGAUCUGCACCUCCCUGUCAGGGGCAAAGUGUCAGAGGUGUGACUGCAAUAGGAAAAACUGUUUAUAUAAAAACAUCUCCACAAACUUCUUCACAUAAAAGUUAUAUAUUAACUUUCUUUAAG